AUGGCGGCUCCUUCCCCACAGUGGCCCGUGAAAGCAACGAGGCCCAAGCCCGUAUGCCCGAAACAAAUGGAUGCUCGGUAUUCUCCAUACAUUAUAAACAUUAUAUCAAGACUCGCAUUGCUUCCAAAUUUAGGACAAUUGAUGAUCUUCACGAACAAAGACCUGAGUUUUCAGACGCACGAUGUAGUCGGCGGCUUCCCGGAACAGCUGGUCGGGAUUUUCUCCGGCGUCCUGCGAACGGAUAAGGUCUCUGAGGGUCUCCAGCUUGUCGGAAACCACCGCGCCGUCGGCGGCACUAUGCGCGGGCCCACGGCGGCGGAAUUGAGGCGUCGCAGUGGGGAUUUUGUUCGAUCUUAUCCUCGGCCUCCCGACGGCUGA